AUGGAUGUGAAAAAACGUUUCUUAUUUCUUGGUCCAACUGGAGUUGGAAAAUCUUCAUUGAUCAACGUUCUAUGUAAUGACGAUGUCAGAAAAGAAACCAUGUAUGGACCAGCUCCAGUUGGCUCAACAACAAAUGGUGUUACAAAAAAUUUUACUACUUAUUAUGACUGUAAUAAGUAUGCUUAUACAGAUUCCAUUGGCUUUGGUGAUACUAGAUUUACAACAGAUGAAAUAGUUACAUUGAUAAAACAAUUGAUUGAUAAUGCUGUUAUUGGUUAUAACAAAAUUUAUUUAUGUGUUCAAUAUGGAAGAAUUUCUAUUGAUAUAUGGCGGUAUCUAGAUUUAAUUAUUUCUGUUUUUGGUGAUGGUGGUUUAAAAUGGUGUACAAUUAUUUUUACACAUUGUAACGAAGAGAACAUGAACACAGAAACAUUUUUAAAUAUAAAUAAGGAUGAUGAGAAAAUUAUUGAACUUAUCAAUAAAGUAGAAAAUGUCAUAUUUGGUGAUCUUCAAUCACAUAGCAAUCAACAAGUGGAUUCUCUAUUGAAAGAUAUACGAAAACGCUUUUUAGAUAGUGUUAAACUUGAUGCAAUGCAUUCGAGUGAUUUUUAUUAUUUUCCAAAACCAAAUGAUGAUAAUUCUUGGCUAUCAUCAAUAUGUAACGUUGUUGAACGUUUCACUCAAAUUAAAAUACCAGCAGAAGAAAUAUUAGCGUAUAUGAAAUCGAUAACAAUUAUAAAAUUAGAUAUUACACACUAUUAUGAUGAUUGCAGUAUUUGUUAUGACCCAAUGUAUCAUACAAAUAGUGUAAUUACUACUUGCGGUCAUGUUUUUCAUAAAAAAUGUAUCGCCGAUUGGUUUUAUUACAGACAUACAUGUCCACGAUGUAUAGAACCUUGUGGAUUACAGCAAUUAUUAAAUUGGCUUCCAUCACAACUGUAA